AUGUUUUCCAAGAAAUUGACAGAUGCUUUACCGCCACAUCGUUUGAUAGAGUUUGAAUUGACCAUAAAACCAAGAGUUCCGCCAAGCAAUCGACCACCUAUUCGACUACCUAAAGUGGAACAAGAUGCUUUACAGCAGAAUGUGUGUCUUUCUUCACAAUCUGGCUUAACGGGAAACAAUCCGAGCACUAGUGGGAAAUUCUUGGAUAAUAACCAACUAAACUUUGAAGUUCCUUGA